UUGCUAUCUUAUUUAUUACUAUCUUUCCCUUUACAAUAUAUAUGGCCCUUGGUUCCUUGUUCCAUUGCACAUCCCUAUGUUAGAUAUUUUCACUAUCUUCUCCCUCUUUGGUUCGAUUUCGGUUAAGGUUGUAGCAGUUAAACAAUUCAUAAAAGAGCAUGCCACCAUCAAACACAUGAAAGAAUGGUUCGCAGAGAACAAUUAUCUUCAAGACAUUGAUCAAAGAAAGAACAUUGAGUUCCUGAAUGAUAAAUCAAAACUUCUUGCUCUGCUAGCUCAGGCCACAACUGAUACAAAUUUCCAAAGAUUAUUGUCAACAGAGUGCAUCAUAUAUCGUCAUCAAAUCAACAUCUUCUUCCAUAUAGGAGCCAGAGUAUGAUCUAGACGACCUGCGUUCCUCGACUUAUGUGAGCUUCGAAUCCAAGAACUUGUUUCAUAAAGAAAAUAGGAUCAAUAUAGAGUCUUCUCGAAGAAGAUUUAUAUUCAAUAAUAAUAAUAGUUUAUUACUUUUAAUUAGGAGAGAGAGAAAAAACAUAAUGUAUAUAUUCGAAUAUCUAGUAUGAUCGAUGAUUAAACUCUGUAAAUAUUUUUCUGUCAUCCAGAAAUCCAAGUAAAAAAUGAAAACAAGCGCAAUUUAUGUCAAAGUCCAAGAACCAAACUGAAAUUGUGUGUAUAUUUCAUGUAGUGUUUGACUACAUUUGAUGGUCCCUACUCUAAGUUGCAAUUGAAAACCUGGUGAGUCUAUUGGUCAGUCUGUAAUCCAUCGUAAGGAAUACGAUUAAUGGUAUACAUAAUUAAUACUUGCAAAA